AUGCAUCAGCGUUCUUCUGAGCAAAUAAUUAUCUAUGAGAAUGCAAGCGCUGUUAGAGGUCAUGACCCUGAUGCAGAGAAGAAAGGCAGUGACACAAAGAGAGACCUAGACACAGAUCCACACACAGGAGGAGACACUGCAUGGAGCAGAUGUUACAGAGUGACUGCUCUGUGUGUGCUGCUGCUGUGUGUUCUCCUGCUGACUGCCAUCACAGUGCUGUGGAUCAAAUUCAACACCCUGAAUACAGAAAACAACCAGCUACAGACCAGAUACAACAACCUGACUAAAGAGAGAGACCUGUUACAGACCAGUUGCAACAACCUGACUAUAGAGAGAGACCAGUUACAGAAGGAUAGAGAGGACCUCCAGAGGCUUUCUAAACUAGUGAGAGACUUUAAAGAUGGAUGGACCUACUUCAACUCCAGUCUUUACUACAGGUCUGCUGAGAAGAAGAACUGGGAUGAGAGCAGACGGGACUGCAGAGAGAGAGGAGCAGACCUGGUGAUCAUAAACAGCAGAGAGGAACAGGAGUUCAUCAAUAAAACUCUGCUCAGUGCAACAGCUUGGAUUGGUCUGAGUGACAGAGACACUGAGGGGGUGUGGAAAUGGGUGGACGGUACAGAACUGACCAGCGGCACUGGGUACUGGAGCCAGAGGGAACCCAAUGAUUAUGAAGGAAAUGAGGACUGUGCUAUAACUGGCUACAUCCCACAAGGUGGAACAACAGAUUUCCUAAAUACAUGGAAUGAUGUUCCAUGCUCUUUCAAUUAUGGCCGGAUAUGUGCAAAGAAAUUUUUUUAUUUAGAUGGAAGCUUUUAACAGAGGGUAGCUUGGCUAAACUUAGCAUGUCAGUGAAUUAUAUUUUAACUUCUUGAACCUCUUGAAAAUACAUUUCUUUUGCUCAAAAGCCUGCAUCCAAAUAAAAUGUGUUUUAUGUAUUGUAUUUUUAACCAGUGUUUAAAAAAUAAACACAAUUUAUAGUUUAUUUUCUGAAUCUACAUGUGAAUUUAACGAGAUCGACUUGGUAGGUAACUCCUUCUAAGCACUAACAAGUAAUUCUGUGGUUCAGUGGGGAAUGAAUCUACCUCACAGCUCGAGGGUCUUUGGUUUGAUCCUGAGCUCAGGUUACUGUCUGUGUGGAGUUUUACAUGUUUCCUCAGGGUUCUCAGGUUUCCUCCCAAAAACAGACCAAUAAGUGGAUUGACUAAAUCAUUGUUAUAAUUUAAAUAAUGGUAAUUUAGUGUACAAAAACAAGUAUUUCAUUUAGGAAUUGGUUUGCUAGAAACACCUUCAUGUAGCCCAGUUGUUGAAGCCUCAGUGUAAAUUAGUAAUUAGAUGGAUUUUUACUUAAAUGAUGUUCCUUACAUGAAUGAUGUUUCUUUAUAUUAUCUUGCUGAAUGUCCUUGUGGAAGAGUUUGUAUUGUAGAUAGCUCUUCCUCAGAGGGUGUUAAGUUGCCCUGUGAUGCUCUGAUGCUGCCUGU